CAGCUGAACAGUGGUUACGUUCAUUCCUGGAGCUUGUUGCCACGUAGUUGGCAUUCAUGCCAUGGAUCUAUUUUGGAUACUCUUUUUUACAGGAUAGGUUAAAUUAUGUUUUGUUAAAGUUUUGUAUUAGUGCUAUCAGAAUGUUAUUUUUUUCCAUUUGUUUAAUAGUUCCCUCGUUGUUUGUGUUUACCACUGGAGGAAAACUGCCCGAACCAGAAGUAAAAAUUGAAGUAUUACAUAAACCUUUACUGUGUUACCGCAAGUCUAAGUAUGGCGACAUGCUUCUUGUUCAUUUCGAUGGGUUUUUGGAGAGUGAUGGCACCAUAUUUCAUUCCAGCCGAAAAGAUGGGGAUAAGAAUCCAGUAUGGUUCACUCUUGGGAUUCGAGAAGUAAUAAAGGGUUGGGACAAAGGUCUGCAGAACAUGUGCAGUGGAGAGCGCAGGAAGCUAAGCAUCCCUUCAUCACUCGCUUAUGGCAAAGAAGGAAAAGGCAAAAUUCCACCGAACAGCGCCUUAAUCUUUGACAUUGAGCUCAUGGAUAUCCAAAAUGGUCCCAGAUCGCACGAGUCUUUCCGAGAGAUGGAUCUCAAUGAUGACUGGAAGCUUUCCAGGCAAGAGGUGACGGUGUACCUGAAAAAGGAGUUUGAGAAGCACGGAUACUCCCCUAACGACACCCAUCACGAAGUGAUGGUAGAUGACAUCUUCAAAAAUGAGGAUGAGGAUAAAGAUGGUUUUAUCUCCUCGAGGGAAUUUGUCUACCAACACGAUGAGCUUUAAAUAUGCAAUGUUUGUGCCGUAUGUGUCUUCAAUAUAGUCCCAUUAACAGGGACAUUGUUGAUUAGUUAAAGGACUGUUUCCACACUGACCUCUUUGAACUUGAGUAAAUACAGUAUUAUCUCCAAUUCUAUAUGCACUGACAUGACCACAGGGAUGUUUAGGCUGCAGCAUAAAACAUGGAGGAUGAAAAUAAAAAAAAAUCAUGAUUUAAACACUGGGA